AUGUCAGCACCUAAUUCUUUCGAGGUCUUGUAUCUUUUACCUACCCAUCACCAGACUCCCAAUUCGCGCGGACACCUUAGUCUCGACCCAUUUCACUUACCAUCCUCACCCCUCCAAAGGCUACCCAUCACCAGACUCCCAGUCACCAGUCAAGCCUCCACCGUGGCCCACCACACCAUUAGCCGUCCAGCCCCCAUUCGCCAGAGUCGCAAUCCUCCAUCACGG